UUCCACUCAGUUCCUCUCUCGGUUUCACUUCAACUCUAAAACUUGUAGUUUGGAAGUGGGUGGAGACCUCCCUCUCCCCUUUUAACCAAUAAGCGGAACUAGUCAGUGGAUGGAAAGUCUGUGUGAAGUGUCCGGUGAUAAACUGCCUGUCAAUUAGCGGAGAACUUUCACCGGUGAGCAACUACACACCGCACAAGAGUUAUAGAAGAUAAACGAUGGAGUGGCGCCAGCAGACCAAUGUCAGCUGUGCAGACGCGUUCAACGAGGCUCAACGCUGGAUUGAGGAAGUGACUGAAAAAUCGUUUGGUUGCAACGACUUCCGUGCUGCCUUGGAGAAUGGAGUCCUGCUUUGCGACUUGAUUAACAAAUUGAAACCUGGCAUCAUUAAGAGAGUAAACAGGCUUUCUACUCCCAUCGCUGGUCUGGAUAAUGUGAAUGUAUUCCUAAAAGCCUGUGGGAAACUGGGACUGAAUGUGUCUCAGCUGUUUCAUCCAGGAGACCUGCAGGACCUGUCCACUCGCGCAACACUAAGGCGAGAUGAAACCAACAGAAGACUCAGAAAUGUUCUCAUCACUAUCUACUGGUUGGGUCGUAAGGCUCACCUCGACACAUUCUACAGCGGUUCUCAGCUGAACUUCAAGGCCUUUGAAGGGCUGUUAGGGUUGGCCUUGUCCAAGGCUCUAGAUGACGGCAGUAACAUGUUUGUGAAAGAGAGCUGGUACCCUGAGAGGGGCAUGAGACCGAGCUAUAAGAUGCAGUACUGUGUGGACAGCAUCGACUCUCUGGACUCCCAAGUCCUCCGCCAAAACAGUGAAGGUUGGGGAAGUGACGCGGAAGCUGAGCAGGUGUUCAAGAUGGAGAUUACUCAGCCAGUAACCCAGCAAAACAAAGGUUAUAUCCCACCACCAUUCCUACAGAGAAAACAAGGACCGGAGAAGAAUGGAAGGGGCCGCUCUAGUCCACUCGCCAGAGCAUAUCAAAUCCAGGUCAGACCUGAGAGACCAGUUCAGGUCAACCCUGGCUGGAUUUGGAGCAAAUCACUCAGUGACAUCCCGAUGGUAUAUCCUGUGCGUAAAGUUCCAGAUGGGUUCACCAUCUAUGAUGCGGACCAGGAUACAGAAAUGGCAAGGGAGUGUUAUCAAGAAAACGAACGGAUGUGUAGCGUUGUUGCCAAGGACAGUGAAGCUCAGUGGCAAGAUGAUUUAUCAAAGUGGAAGACUCGUCGCAGGAGCACCAAGUCUGACCUCCGCAGGAAGUCGCAAGACAGAGAGCAUGUCAUUACCCAAAUGGCCAAUGGGGCUGCGAUUAAAUUUGAGAAGAAAGAGGCACAAGGUGAACCGCUGAAGAGAGACCAGCAGUCACCUCACUGGCAUUACCCUGCCCCUCGUCCUUACUCCACCCCUCCUCAUUCAAAAUCCAUCUCCGAUCUCGGGCCACAUACUCGGGCUCUGCUGGCCCGCGGCUGCGCCACGGAGACGCCUUUCAGCCCCACAGCUCCACUUAGCUCCCGUAACUCAACCCACGCUCAGAGAUCGUCUGUUGGCGCCAUGCCUGCCUCUGAUGGGAAUAUCCUGGGUGAGGAGAUUCACUUUGCUUCCUUGGCUUCACAUGGCGCUGCAGUUGCCACCCCUCCCCCGGACUACCCUUUCAGCUACCAGACCCAAGUCAAGGUGCACGGCAGCCCAGUUCUUUUCCAGCCCACAUCUGAGGUGGCCCAGCCAGAAAAUGUUUUUACAAACCAAAUCUCCACUCUGAUCAAAACUAUACAGCCGAAUGUGCCCACAAAUUCAACCGACACCAGGUAUCCUACUGUGUCCAUGUCGGGUCCCAAGGAACUUACAUUCUGCGUUGAUCCGAAAGUUCCAACUUUUUGUCCUGAUGCUGUUUACCGGGCAGGAGUCGAUGCUCUCGUGGACUUGCCCCACCAGAACAUCAAGUCCAAGGAAAAGAGCCAGAAGAUAUCUUGGGAACCAGCUGUGCAGCUAGGCAGAGGCCAGCAGGCUGUGGGCGUCUACAAGUACUUGUCCAGAGCUGGGUCGUGGUCCGGCUCAGCCAGCCUUCCUCGUGGUUACCGGAGGUCUGAGGGCUCAUCUCGUCUCUCUUCUGCAAUCACAGCCAGGCCCUUUGGGACCAAGCAGUCCAGGGUGUCCUCGCUGCCGAGACUGUGCAAAGUAGAAAACAACCAGAGUCUGCAGUUGGAAAGUGAGAAAGUGGAAUCUAUUUCUCCAACCACCAAAUCUUCACUCAAAAGACAGACCGCAACCACAUAUUUGAAGGUUCAGCACCAUGCUUCAAUCAGACCAAAGAAAGCUAUCGAAGCGAAGCAGAAUGGUACAGAACAGGGGGAGGAGGUGAAAGGUGCCACUCUCUCCAGUCAGACCUCCUUCCAGACCAAUGGCUACCACCAUCAGACAUACACCCAAACCCAGCUAGUACCGCAGCCUUAUUCAAACCUGCAGACGCAACACGACAAAAGCUCGACUCUCCGAUCUAAUGCAAGCAUUGACCUCCCAAAGGUGGAUCACAGUGACAUGAGAGUGAGCCUUACUCUUAAACCCAACAGUAGACCAGACUUUGGUUUCCAGACUCAUUGGGACUCAAAAGGGACCAGAGUCAAAUUCAUUCAACCUGGCAGUCCAGCGGAGCUUUGCCAGCUGUGUGUGGACGAUGCGAUUGUGGCUGUUAAUGGAGUUGCGGUGGCACACUUGAACUACAACCAGUGGAAGGAUAAAAUGACAUCUUCCCUGCAAACGGGCAUUUUGACCAUGGACAUUCGGCGUUAUGGCAACAAGGAUUGGAGCACCGGUGAGGGGGGGAGUCACAACCAGCCAGGCCAGAGCAGGAUGACCCUCAAUCUGACGGCCUCAGCACCCGUUCUGAUAGGUUGCCCCGAUCACCAUGCCAACAGUAGUGCCUCUACAGAAACCGCAGUCAGGAAAGUGUCCAAACGCAAUGGGCAGACGGACGACGUUUUACAAGGUAAAGUCAUGCAUGGAGAGUUUGCUGACAGCCACAGGACAGCCAGAAGUAAAGAUUGUAAUAAGAUUAGUAGGGAAAAUCAGAAACGGAGGACAGAGUUUUUCACACAGAAAGGAGGUUCAGAAUCUGCAAUAUCUGAUCUCCAGGUGCCAUCCCUCAGCCCCUCCUCAUCCAGCUGGUCGUGGAAUCAUGAGGAGGAUCGAAGGCGUCAGGAGAAGUGGCAGGAAGAGCAGGAGCGCCUCCUACAGGCGCAAUACCAGCGGGAUCAGGAGAGGCUUGAAUCAGAGUGGCGGAGGGCACAACUAGAUGCAAAGGGGGAGUUAUGCAGGAAGUCAGGGCAGAACUCUUUUGAGAUGACCAAGAGUGUUGAGAUCCCUGCCAGUACCCAGCUUCAUGCGAGUGGAUCAACAAACAAAACCAGAGAAGAGCAGCGCCCUGACCGAGAGGAGCUGAAAGAAACGGGAUCUAAACCUAAAAGUAAUGCACAAAGAGAGCGACGUGACAAGAUUUCUGGACAAGCCUGGGCUCAGGACUCCUUCGGCUUUGCUCAGCUGUCUGCUUCACACAGGGCAAAGUCCUUGUCUACCCCAGCAUUAGCUGGCUCCCACACACAGACGAGAGGUGAUGAGAGGAAAAGAAAAGGACAGUCUGUGUCUAACGCUGAGAAAGACAGGCAGCAGAUUUUGGAGGAGAUGAAGAAAAGGACUCAUCUUCUGACCGACAACAGCUGGAUACGUCAGCGCAGCAACAGCUUUUACAAGGAGCCAAUCUAUGUUGGGGUUCCUAUGAAGAGGUAUGAGUCUCUGGACGACCUGGAUACUUUGCGUCAGUCGACCACUACAUUCGGUUACCCUCGUCCCCACUCAGCUGCUCCAGGUUUCUGUGCUCCAAGCAGGAACUCCUCCUCCCGCUACAGCACUGGAUCAAUGUUACCCCAGAGAAAUACAUUUGACUCAUCUCAUCUUCGCAGGAUGGUCAGUGGCAGGAGGACUUGCUGUGUGUGUGAGCGUGUCCUGGGUAGUGGGGCAGCCAUUGUCAUAGAGGCCCUUAGUCUCUGCUUCCACCUCGCCUGUUUCCAGUGUGUGGGCUGCCACCAACAUCUCGGAGGAACUGAGACUGGAGUCCAGGUUCGAAUCCGAAACAGGAAACCCCACUGUGAGCCCUGCUAUUUCCAACUCAAGUCCGGAGGUGCCCCCCCCAUGUGACCAACAUGCCGUACUCCAGAUCACAGAGUAAGCAGCAGAACCACUGGGAACUCCUGUUGGAUAAAACUACGAAGAACUUGGUGGCGACGACAUCUACGCCGACGAGCCAUGACGUUUGUUUCCCACAGUAAUUGCUGGUAAAACUGUGACUCUAUGAUGUGAUAUAAAAUCUUGACAAAGUAGACUCUUAAUGGCAGUUUUUUAAUCAAAUGUGGUUAUUAUGGUUACUUAGUUUGUCGGCCCUUUUUAUCUGCUAAUUUGUUUUCAAGAAAAUGUAGAUUUAAUAUAUGAAAUAAAGUAAUUAUGGGAAUUAUUAGUUUGAUUGAUGCUUUUAUUUUGAUGUCAGUGUUGCUAUUUGUCAUAUCAUUGUGUUAUAUGUGAUAUUUGUCCAAUAGUGCAUUAAAUAUAUCAGAUCUUUCUUGUUAAUUUAACCCAUGUAUGGGGGGGGGCACAUUUGAACUUGUAGCCUAAUGAAGCACUUUCUGUUCUAUUGUAAUCUCACCAAGUGCACUUUGGGAUAAAUAAUUGGUAUAUACAGUAUAAUGUAUGCAUUUCUCACAUAGAAAUGGGAAUCUUAAUUGAAAUGUCUUUAAUAAAGUGCACUGAAUAUAAUCCAUCAGG